AUGGACGGCCAGAGCGGCGUGAAUGUCUCCAGCAGCAGCUUAACCCCUUCGUGGCGUAGGAGAUCGACCCCCCAGCCGCAGAUGCCGAGCCGGAGCAAGCCCAGACCCCAGUCUUACCAGAGCCCGAGCGGCUUGCUGAUCACGGAUUUCCCGGUGGAGGACCGAGGACCGUUCCCGUUGGAGGCGCAGCAGACUCCCUCCCAGGCGCCCACCGCUUCGGACGGCAGGACGACGGUCCCGAGGAGUCCCCUGCUCCUGGGCACCCAUCGGAGGGCGGUGGCCAACGGGAGGCCGGUGUCCCCGGAGUACCGGGUUGCAUCUCCUCGGCUCUGGCGCCUGAAGUCUCCGCAGACCCCCAGGGGGGCGCUGGGCGGCUCCCCGAAAUCCCCCCCUGAGAACGGGACAGCGAUUUCGCCCGCGCCGCCGCCGCAGCGCCUGCGCCCCCCGCCUUCCCCUAACGCAUCGGCCCCGUGCAGCCCCGAGGGAGCCCCGGUGGUCGGAUUGCCCGCCAGCCCCCUGCCUCCUCCCGUUGCUGCAAACGGGCUUGCUGGAAACAUCGACUCCCGUUUGCAAUCCAGCCAGACGGCGAAGGACCCUGAGCGGAGACCCUCUCCCCAGAACAGGUCUUUGGAACAAAAACUGCCCCUCCAAAGGCUGCCUUCCCAGGACAACGAGCUCCCGGAGGCGGAGGCCCCUUCGGUGGUUCUGAGCACCCACAGCCCCGCCGCCCUCAAGGUGGGGAAGCAGCAGAUAAUCCCCAAGAGCCUGGCCUCGGAAAUUAAACUGAGCAAAAGCAGCGGUCAGCAUGCGGAGCCCCACAAGAGACUGCUCAAGGUGCGCAGCAUGGUGGAGGGCCUCGGGGCGUCCCUGGGGGGCCCCUCCGAGGACGAGGGCGAGGCCGACCACGACCUGGACAGCCCCGGCUCUCUGCGCAGGGGCUUGCGCUCCACGUCCUACCGCAGGGCCGUGGUCAGCGGCGUGGAUUUUGACAGCCCGACCGCCUCCAAGAAGAAGAACAGGAUGUCCCAGCCGAUCCUGAAAGUGGUGAUGGAAGACAAGGAGAAGUUUUCCAGCCUUGGAAGGAUCAAGAAAAAAGUGCUGAAAGGACAAGGACCAUUUGAUGGGGAAGAAAACGCUGUCCUGUACCAGAACUACAAAGAAAAGGCCCUUGACAUUGACUCUGAUGAAGAGUCUGAGCCCAAAGAGCAGAAGUCGGAAGAAAAAAUUGUGGUCCAGCACAAGCCACUCCGGUCCACGUGGAGCCAGCUCUCUGCGGUGAAAAGAAAUGGAUUAUCUCAGACAGUUAGCCAGGAAGAAAGGAAGAGACAAGAGGCUAUCUUUGAAGUUAUAUCCUCUGAACAUUCAUAUUUGCUCAGCUUGGAGAUCCUGAUACGAAUGUUUAAAAAUUCUAAAGAACUGAGCGACACAAUGACCAAAACAGAGAGCCACCAUCUUUUCUCCAAUAUUACAGACGUCUGUGAGGCAAGCAAAAAAUUCUUUACAGAGUUGGAAGCAAGACAUCAGAAUAAUAUCUUCAUAGAUGACAUAAGUGACAUUGUGGAAAAGCACACGGCAUCCACAUUUGACCCAUAUGUGAAAUACUGUACAAACGAAGUCUACCAACAGCGAACACUGCAGAAAUUGUUAGCCACCAAUCCAUCUUUUAAAGAAGUAUUGUCACGCAUCGAGUCCCACGAAGACUGCAGGAACUUACCCAUGAUCUCUUUCCUCAUUCUCCCUAUGCAGAGGGUGACUCGCCUUCCCCUGUUGAUGGAUACUAUCUGCCAAAAAACUCCUAAGGACUCUCCGAAGUAUGAAGUCUGUAAAAGGGCCUUGAAGGAAGUAAGCAAGUUGGUUCGACUGUGCAAUGAAGGAGCCCGGAAGAUGGAAAGGACAGAAAUGAUGUACACAAUUAACUCCCAGCUGGAAUUUAAAAUUAAGCCUUUCCCUCUAGUCUCCUCUUCCCGGUGGCUGGUGAAGAGAGGUGAAUUGACAGCCUAUGUGGAAGACACGGUGCUUUUCUCAAAAAGGACGUCCAAACAGCAAGUCUACUUCUUUCUUUUUAACGAUGUGCUCAUCAUCACCAAGAAGAAGAGUGAAGAAAGUUAUAACGUCAAUGAUUAUUCCUUAAGGGACCAGCUGUUGGUGGAAUCUUGUGACCAUGAAGAGCUUCCUUUGUCUCCAGGGAAGAACAGUUCGACGAUGCUUUAUUCAAGACAGAACUCUGCCAGUCACCUCUUCACCCUGACUAUCCUUAGUAACCACGCGAAUGAGAAAGUGGAAAUGCUGCUAGGGGCUGAGACACAGAGCGAGCGAGCCCGCUGGAUCACUGCCCUGGGACACAGCAGUGGGAAGCAGCCUCCUGACCGGACCUCACUGACCCAGGUAGAAAUCAUUAGGUCGUUUACUGCCAAGCAGCCGGACGAGCUCUCCCUGCAGGUGGCCGACGUGGUCCUCAUUUAUCAACGUGUCAGCGAUGGCUGGUAUGAAGGGGAGAGACUGCGAGACGGAGAGAGGGGCUGGUUUCCUAUGGAGUGUGCCAAGGAGAUAACGUGUCAGGCCACCAUCGACAAGAACGUGGAGCGAAUGGGGCGUUUGCUGGGCCUGGAGACCAACGUGUAG